AUGUCUCGACAUCGAGGCAAAGUUUCUUCUUUGACGAGGGAGGAAGAAGAAACCACGACGACAAAUACCGAGACAAAAGUCCAACUCGUUUUCGACGACGAGGGACCGGGAGAGGGAAAUCGUAAAAGUCGAAACGUUCGUCGUCGUCAUCGAAAUACUACUCAUCAGACUUCUUUGACGAAUUCGAUGAUGAAAACGAUGAAAAUGAUGACAAAGAUGAUGCGAAAGAAAACGCGAGGGUACCUGGCCGUGUUUUUAGUCUCCGCGAUAUGGGUGUGCGCGUCGUUUAUAGUGAAAGAUUUAGAAAGAGUUGGGGAUCCGUUGACUUUGACGGCAUUGUUUAACGCGUUGUUUUUAGUCUAUUGGCCGGUGGAGAUGAAAGGGUACUUUUAUCAUCUCGCAGAGAAGAAGAAGAAGAAAAGAAGGUAUCAUCAUUACGCGAUGUUCCGGAAAUGGAAGGAAAGUAAUGUUAGUACGAGAGGAAUAUCAUCGUUUUUACGCGAAAACGAAGCGUUGAGGUGCUACGUCAUCGUCCCUCCGUUGUUCUUUCUCGCGCAGUUUUAUUUCAACAAGAGUUUACAGUUUGUGUCGGUGACGGUGAACACGGCGUUGUCCUCGGUCGCGCCGGCGUUGACGUACGUGUUUGGGAUUUACAGAGGGCUGGAAAAACCGGUGAGAGAUUCGAACGGGUUUUUAAAAGCACUCGGACUCGUCGCAAUAGGAGUGGUUUUGACGGCAGUCGCGGACGAUGAGACCACUUUCGGUGGUGCUUCGGGUAUGACUGCAGGCGGCGACGAGGAUUCGCCGAGAACCCGGAACGAAAAUAAUAGUUAUAACAGUUAUUCUUCUUUUGUGAACAUGGACACCGCGUGGGGCGUGUUGCUCAUUUUAGCGAGCGCGGUGUGUUACGCCGGUUACGCCACGGAGGUGGAAAUCGCGUUGAACGCGGUGAAAGUGAGCGACGGUCAUCGCGACGAGAAUAGGAGUAGGAGUAGCAAUCAAAAUUUUUCUAGGAAUAAUAGAGUAGGCGGCGUGUUGUUAGAGGAACGCGAGGAACGCGAGGAAGAGGAGGAGGAAGACGAAGACGAAGACGAAGAAGACGAGGAGAGAGAGAGAGAGGCAGCAGAGGUAAAUGAAGGAGCAGCAGAAGAAAUUACGGGACGACGGCAGAUGAAAACGGAGGCGAAGAAAGAGCUCCUCGCCGCCAUCAAGGAUUCGAAAUCGCGACAGAUUCUCGCGAGCGUCGGCACGUUCGCGUUCGUCAUCGUUUUAUGUACGAUGCGAAAAUCGAUAUUGUCCAUGAACAAAAGUGGCGGGAUGAUUGUUUUGAAAGGCCUGAUCGAUAACGCGUUGGCGGAAUACUUGUGGUGCGUCGGGGUUGCCGAGCUCGGAGCCUCGGUCGCUUCCAUCGGUUUGCUGUUACAAAUCCCUCUUUCGGCGGUUGCCGAGCUUUUGUUUGUGAGAGCGGACGAGGAGGUGUGGACGCGAACGACUGGAGGUAUUUUUGCAAUGUUUUGCGGGUGCGCGUUGAUUGUCUAUGGGUUCAUAGGCGCGAUGAAAUUCGCCGGAAGUUCCGAGGAGGAUGAAGAGGAUGAGGAAGACGAUGAAGACGAUGAUGAAGAUGAUGAAGACGACGCCGACGAUAAUGCUACCAUCGCUCGCGCUCCGUUGUUAUGA